UAACGAACUUCAGGGUUUUCCGGUAAACUUUUAUCUAGGGAGGAACUAGGACUAUUAGAGAUCAAGGCUGUUUUCUUCCUUGAGAAACUGCCCAAGGCACCGGGAUAGAGUCCUACUUCUUCCUCAGCUACCUGCAGAAAAAUGUUGGAGAAGCCUCAGGUCAUGUACCCUCCAAGAACUCCAAAUAGGACCCUUGAUAGAAAGCGGAAAAUUACGGGCUGGCCCUUCUCUAGGCUGUGGAGAGUCUUUGAUCCAACUCUGUUUCAAAUGACUUUGGUGGCUGCUCUGCUGGUGACUGUUCUUGGUGACUGUGGUCCUCCACCCCAUUUAUCCUCUGCUAUUUCCAUAAAGGAGUUGAAUGAGACAAACUACGAAAGUGGAACCAUUCUGAAAUAUCACUGCCGCCCCGGCUACACUAGAUCCGGUUCAGGAUUCUACUCUCUUAUCUGUAAGGGAGACACAUGGGAGACAUAUGGGUCAAUCACCUGUAUCAGAAGACUGUGCAGCAACCCAGGAGAAUUACGUAAUGGGCAAGUGAUCAUUAAGACAGAUUACUCUUUUGGAUCACAUAUAGAAUUCAACUGUUUAGAAGGAUAUAUCUUAGUGGGCGCAACCACUAGUCAUUGUGAUCUCCAAGGCAAAACAGUUGGCUGGAGUAAUCCUUUUCCGGUAUGUGAAAUUGCACAAUGUGAGUUACCUCCAGACAUCAGCAACGGGAGGCACAAUGCUAGGAAUGAAGAUACCUUCACAUAUGGCUCUUCUGUCACCUACAGCUGUGACCCCAACUUCUCAAUGUUAGGCAAAGCUUCCAUUUCCUGCACAGUGGAGAAUAAAACAAGAGGUGUCUGGAGCCCCAGCCCUCCUACUUGUAAAAAAAUCAACUGUCAUAAGCCAAAUGUUAAACAUGGGAGGAUAGCCACUGGAUUUAGAUACACCUAUAAGUACAAAGACUCUAUUGCAUUUGAGUGCAAUAAAGGUUUUAUCCUCAAAGGCAGCAGUGUGAUCCAUUGUGAAGCUGAUAACAACUGGGAUCCUCCUCCUCCCAUUUGUGAGAUCAAUAGUUGUACUGACUUACCAGAUAUCCCACAUGCUUCCUGGAAAAUACAUGGCUACUCCAAACCAAGAAAAGGUGAACUAUAUGAAGUUGGGGUUGCCUUGAACUACAACUGUAAUCCUGGCUAUAAACCAGCUGGAAAUCAGCCCACAACUGUGAUUUGUCAGGAAAAUUUGAGUUGGACCCCAUAUAUAAAAUGUGAGGAGGUAUGUUGCCCAGAACCAGAGCUGAAUGGUAGCAAAACUAUUACCCCCAGAAAACGAAGUUCGGUCGAUAAAUGUGUCUAUUUCUAUGGGGACUCAAUUUCAUUUUCAUGUGUUAAUGGACGAAAGGAUGAAGCUUCCUGCCAAGCAGAUGGUACCUGGAGUCCUGAAACACCAACAUGUGAUGAGAGUUGCAAUUAUCCUCCUAAAAUUGACCACGGACAUUUUGAACAAAGUUCAUCUCUGUUCCGAAAGAAGGAGGUCACAUAUGAAUGUGAUGACGGAUACACUCUAGUUGGAAAGGCCACACUUUCCUGCAGUAAUUCACGCUGGUCAGCUCCAGCUCCUCAAUGUAAAGCUCUGUGUCCAAAACCAGAGAUUGAACAUGGAAAGGUUUCUGUGGAUAAGGAACAGUUUGUUGAAUCUGAAAAUGUUGCCAUCCAGUGUGAUUCCGGCUAUGGUGUAGUUGGUUCCAAAAGUAUCACCUGCUCAGAGAAUCGUACCUGGUAUCCAGAGGUGGUCAAGUGUGAGUGGGUGGUCCCUCAAGGCUGUGAUCACGUUGUAGCAGGCAGAAAACUCAUGCAGUGUCUCCAGAGGCCAGAGGAUGUGAAAAUGGCCCUGGAAUUGUAUAAAUUGUCCCUAGAAAUUGAAAUCCUGGAACUACAGAGAGAGAAGGCAAGGAAAUCCAGUCUCUAGUCAGUGUAAUUUUUCCCAGAAGAGGGAGAAAAAAGUGCCUGCUGACUUCAAUUCAACAUGGAUUGCUUUGGUUUAGCAAUUCUACCCUCCCGUUGGUACCAAAAUUCAUUGUAAUAAAUAUCUAGAAAGGAUAAUUUGCUAAUGUUUUGCUCGUGCUUUCAGAUUAUAGAAUUAUUGAUUACCUUGUGGCUCAUAUUUUUGCUUUUUUUGGACACUAAUGG